GGCACCCGAUGUUUUAUUUGUCCACAUGCAUUCAACUUGAAUGAAAAACUUGCAAAUGGCAAAUGGCAAAUGGCAAAUUGGCAACUACUACUACUCACUAGUCACUAUACAUAGAGAUGAGAAUAGCCCUCACACCAUUGAUAUCUAAAACACACACACACACACACCAAAAAUGGCACCACCAAUAGCUCUGCCGCUGCCUCGGCCGCCGCCAGCCAUCACAAGCGUGAGAAAGCUAGCAAACCUGAGCUCCAUCCCUUCCAACUACGCCCACAACGCCGAAACCGAGGCUUCGGAGCCCGGGGAUUCGAUCCCCGUCGUCGAUCUCUCGCUUCUCGCCUCCGGCCACGCCGGGGCCGUCGAGGAUCUGGACAAGGCGUGCCGGGAGUGGGGCUUCUUCAUGAUAGUGAACCACGGGAUACCGGGGGAGCUGGUGAAGGGCGUGCUCGAUGCCACGCGCGAGUUCUUCGAGCUCCCGGAGGAGGAGAAGCCGGAAUUCCAGCCCAAAGACGUGCUUACUCCGGUGAGGUACGGCACGAGUUUUAAUACUGAGAAGGAGGAGGUCUUCUGCUGGAGAGAUUUCUUGAAGGUGUUCGUGCAUCCCGAGUUCAAUUGUCCGGAGAGACCGGAAUCUCUCAGAAAGCUAGUAAUAGAAUACUCCGAAAGAUGUCGAGAGGUGACGAGAAGAUUGUUGAUCGGAGUAUCGAAAAGCCUAGGGCUGGAAGAAGGCGAAGCGGAGGCGGCGCUCGGCAUGGCCUCGACUCUGCAGAUCUUCAUCGCGAAUCUGUACCCGCGGUGCCCGGAACCUGAGGCAGCGAUGGGGAUGCCGCCGCAUUCCGACCACGGCCUCUUCACGCUUCUAAUAGAGAACGGCGUCGGCGGCCUGCAGAUACAGCGCGGCGGCAGAUGGAUUAAUGUCAAAGCUCAGCCCAACUCCAUCUUGGUUAACACCGGCGAUCACCUUGAGAUAUUCAGCAAUGGGAAAUACAAGAGCGUGGUGCACCGGGCUGUUGUGAACGGUGAGAAGACGAGGAUUUCGGUGGCGAUGGCUAACGGGCCGUCACGAGACGCGGUGGUGGAAGCCCAAGGCUGCGCGCCGCCGGCGUAUGCUCCGGUCAAAUACGGGGACUACAUACUGGCGCAACAGAGUAACCAGCUCAAUGGGAAAUCCAUUCUCAAAAGUUUUAGUAUUGAAGAUUAAUUAGUGUUAAUCGUCAAUUAAUUAUAUUAAUAAUUUGUAAUGUCGUAGAUGAAUUUGAUUGGAGUGGUAUGUAUUAUGAUAAUUCUGAAUUGUAUUAAUUACUUGGUCAAA